CAACAUAUUUUUGGCAAGUUUCAUGGUUUAACCUUUCUGUCUCCCUCAACAAAUGCUCGGAAGGAAAGAAAGGCAUCUCUUUUUUCAGGCCUUACCUCUCUCUCUCUCUGUCUCUCUCUCUCUCUCUUCAAAUACUUCUUCUGGGUACUAUCAAAUUCCAGUUAAAAAUAAUCCAGAGAGACAAAAACCCAUAAAAAAAUAACAAAAUUUUUAGAUACCCAUCAAAGAAAAAGCUGUAAAUUUUUUCUCCUUGUUUCGGUUUUUAUAUGCUGUUGGGGUUUUUUUUUCUGUGUGUGUCUGUUGUAUGAAAAAAUAGUUAAAAUAUAUAUUUUUUUUUUCGCGGCGAUGGAAAUCGACGGCAUUGAUUGUGUCUCGACCUCGGAUGGGAUCUAUGAGGAAGAGAUCCAUCAUCAACACCGUCACCGGCUUCAGUUCUCGGCUUCCUCGGCUAAGCCUACCACCAACAAUGCUGUGUCUCCGGCGAUCUCUCCGGCCACCAGUGUUCAUGAACUUCUUGAAUGUUCUGUCUGCACUAAUUCUAUGUACCCACCAAUCCAUCAGUGCCUGAAUGGGCAUACUCUAUGUUCAACCUGUAAAUUGAGGGUGAACAACCGGUGCCCUACAUGUAGACAUGAACUUGGAGAUAUCAGGUGUUUGGCCCUGGAAAAGGUUGCUGAGUCGCUUGAACUUCCCUGCAAGUACUGUUCUUUGGGAUGUAUGGAGAUCUUUCCAUACUACAGCAAACUUAAGCAUGAAGUUCAAUGUAACUUCCGACCAUACAAUUGUCCAUAUGCUGGAUCUGAGUGCCCUGUUGUUGGGGAUAUUCCUUUCCUAAUUGAUCAUCUAAGGAACGAUCACAAGGUUGACAUGCACACUGGCAGCACAUUCAAUCAUCGUUAUGUCAAAUCUAAUCCUCGUGAGGUGGAGAACGCGACCUGGAUGCUUACGGUCUUUUUCUGUUUCGGCCAUUACUUCUGCCUGCAUUUUGAAGCCUUCCAGCUUGGAAUGGCCCCGGUUUACAUUGCUUUUCUCCGUUUCAUGGGUGAUGAGGUUGAGGCGGGUAACUUUAGCUACAGCUUGGAAGUAGGGGCUAAUGGUAGGAAACUAACUUGGGAAGGAACACCACGGAGCAUACGUGAUAGUCACCGGAAAGUUAGGGAUAGCCAUGAUGGCCUCAUAAUCCAGCGUAACAUGGCGCUUUUUUUCUCCGGCGGGGACAGGAAGGAGCUGAAGCUUCGUGUCACAGGACGAAUUUGGAAGGAACAACCAAAUUCAGAUGCAGGGGUGUACAUUCCCAAUCUGUGCAUCUGAUUAUUUGUUGGAUACUUUAUUUAAUGCUGCUUAUUGCUUGUCAAAUGUACAUAAUUUUGCUUCUAUUAAGGAUUCAGAUAUUGGAGAGUCCAGGAAAAUGUUGGAUGCUGGAGGAUUAUUUAGAUUUAUAUGUUGUUGCA